AUGUCCUCCCUCGCCUGCCGCCGAAAUGUAUGGCGAUACUACCUUUCCCGCUGUUUCCUCUCUUCUGUGCGGUAUCAAUUUCUCCCAGAGUCGUCACGCACAACACUGUCGAUACCACCAGUACCCAAGGCCGAAGACGGACCACUAUCAGAAGCCGCGGACUUGCCGACCAGAGCACCCAAAUCCGCUAGAAACAAAGACGACGGUAUAGCGAAAGCAGUGAGGGGGGGCGGGGGCAACCCCGGCGUCUUCGUCUACCCUAUCCCGCCAGAAAUGGACGAGUCCGAGCUCCGGAAGAUCGCAGAGAAGUGCGGGCCCGUUCGCCAGAUACGCAUGGGCCCCCCAACCGAUCGCACCCGCCAGGCCUACGUCCUCUUCCACUCCCCGCGCAGCGCCGCCCAGCUCAAGGACACCCACGGCGCGGACGCGUUCACGGUGCGUUUCGCCCGCCCGCGGCUCCAGCGCGGCAAGAACGGGGAGCACGUGAGCGCAAAGAACGGGGAGCGCUCGAACGCGAAGAACGGGGAGCACGCGAGCGCGGGGGAUGCCCCGACGAACUGCCUGUACGUGUCGAACCUGGCGUUCGACGCGAGCCCGGCAGCCGUGCGCAAGGGGCUGAUGGACACGUUCGGCAAGUGGGGCGAGUUGUGGCGGCUCGCCGUAGGCAUGAACGCGCCCGGCAAGCACGCGGGCUUCGCGCACCUCUACUUCCGCUCGCCCUGGGACGCGCACGCCGUCCUCUGCGCGCACCGCGUGCACCCCUUCCACGGCGCUAACCGCGCCCUCUGGAUGGGCUUCGGCGCGGGCAUGCCGCCUCCGCAGCCGCGGAAGGAGCUGUACGUCGCGCCCGUGCGCGAGGCGGCGACGCGGGACUCGGGGCUCACAGCUGCGGUCCUCGACGGGGCGCAGGAGGGGCUCGACGGGAUGUCCGUGUGGGAUGUGGGCGGCGGGCGCCGCGCCGCGCGGCUCACGUACAAGUCGAUCGAUGAUGCAGCGGCGGCGCUGCGCGCGCUCGACGGGGCGAUGCUCCCCACGGGCGAUCUGCUGGACGUCACGUUCCUCGCGGACAGGGACGAGCGCGGGGCGCGUCCUUCAAAACUCGAUACCGCCGAAUCGGAGUCAGCCAGAGAUGGGGAUGAGCUGAUGGCAAGGCUGCACGGGGCGGUGGAGAAGGCGUCCAGGUUGAGAAGGGGCGUGGGGAAGAAGGCGUAUGGCUCGGAUUGGGGCGGGACGAGGUGA